AUGGUUUCGAAAAGUCGUGGAAAACGAAGUUCCAAACUUCCAAAUUCAAAGAAAAAGAAUUUUAACAAUAACGAUUUAAAAAAGCCAAACAAUUUCGAAGAUGUUACAAAUGAUCUUCGGGAAUAUUUAAUGACGUCUACCUUACACGGCUUACGUUAUAUAGGUGAAAAGAAAUUAACCUGGCUUGAAAGGUUCUUCUGGUUAACCGCUUUCCUAUGUUCACUAAUAUGCGCAGGAUUCUUUAUUUUAAAUGUAUAUGCAAAAUGGCGCAAAUCACCAAUGAUUGUGAGCAUAAACCCCGAGGACAUGCCGUUGAAUAAAUUGCCCUUUCCAGCACUAACUAUCUGUAAUGUCAACCAAGCAAAAAAAUCUGUAGCGGAACGUUACGUUGCUUAUGGUUCUUCAGUUGACCAGAAGCUUUUGGAAAGCCUAUGUUCGUCCCUCAAAGACGCCGAUCUUUUCGAAGACGACAUCGCGGAAAGUGCUGAUUGGGAUCAUACACGAUCAUUUCUUAUUAAUGUUACGCAACCGUGUGAAGAAAUGUUAGCAAUAUGCAUCUGGGACUCAAAACCCAUGAAUUGCCAAGACCUUUUCAAUGCGCAGCUAACUGAUGAAGGAUUGUGUUGCACUUUUAAUGUAGUUCACAGGGAGAUGAUGUUUCGAAAUCCAAGAGAUCUCAAUGAUUUGAAUAUAACAUUUCCUUUACCUGCUGUCGACUGGACACCUGAAAAUGGCUAUCCUGAUGAUGCACCACAAGAUGGGUUUCCUUGGAAACCAAAAGGUAUUGGUACAGACCACGGGUUGACUUUGAUACUUGAUGCUAAUGUACCGGAAUACUACUGCGCGUCCACAAAAAGCACUGGAUUUAAAAUUCUUCUACACAAUCCAACGGAAACUCCAAAAAUUGCAAAAUUAGGAGAAAUAUAUGGACCGGGAAUAGAAGCUAGAGUUGCCAUCAAACCGAGAAUACUGGAUGCUCAAGCUGCACUCAAAGAUAUUGACGUAAACAAAAGAUUUUGUUUAUUUUCCAGCGAGAAAAAUUUAGUUUUCUACAGAACCUAUACUUUCAAAAAUUGUCAAAUGGAAUGUGAAGCACGCCGAAUGCUUGAAAUAUGCAAAUGUGUUCUUUAUUUUAUGCCAAAAAAUAAAACAACGAGAAUAUGCGGUAAAGCUGACGCUAAAUGCUACAAUAAUAUAAGAAACUACAUUCCUGCCGACCAAGCCUCAUCUUGCGACGAGUGCCUACCCGCAUGUAACGAGUUAUCUUACUUGGAACGAUUGAGCACCGCGCCACUCGAUAAAAAUCUUAUAAUGAAAUACGCAACCAGCCUACAGAUGUCGAAUAAUAUUACUUCCGAAUAUUUUACAAAGAAUAUGCUGGUAAUACACUUCUAUUUUGAAGACAAAACAUUCCUACGAUAUACCAAGGGAGAAAUUUUUGGACUUACUGAAUUUUUGUCAAACACAGGGGGACUACUGGGCCUCUGCAUGGGAUUCAGUAUGAUGAGUGCAGUAGAACUGAUAUAUUAUGUCACACUACGCGCCCUGUGCGUAGCAAGACAGCGGAACCGUGUUCAGCCAUUUAUUAAAUAAACACAGGAUCAUACAAUAUAAAACAUAAU